AUGAGUUCCGCCAAAGACGAAUUCGACGCCCUCGUCCAGAAAGAGAGAGUAUCGAGUCAUCCGGAAGAUCGUGACCACCACUCUGACCACACGGACUCUGAACCCGAGGACGAUACACAUAACCAGUACGUUCAUUCCGACGACGAAGACGACGACGACGAUCACCACCACGACCACCAUAACAACGACGCAAUGGUUUCCCGCUCGACCGCCUACCAUAUCCCCAACACGGUGUACGACGCCAACACGGGCCCCAAGGGAGUGAUCGCCGAUGCGCAGGCCUUUGAACGGGCUCGCAAGCGGUCCUUCCGCCGCACCUUGCUCAGCGUCACUGGCUUCGACCAGUUCCAUUCCUCGUCCAAACCCACCCCCAUCCCGGAAACAGAUACCACCCCGCUUAAUCGCGGCCGGGACGGGGGUUCCCCGCACAGCUCUGCAGAGGAGGACGAGGAGAGCUUCCUGCGCAAGUGGCGCGAGUCGCGCAUGCAGGAACUUCAGAAGACAAAUACCCGCCAUCUCAGCCCCCGGCGGAGGAUGUUCGGGUCUGUCGAGAUCGUCGAUGCGGCGGGGUAUCUCGAUGCCGUCGAGCGGUCGCCUUCCGGCGUGACUGUUGUCGUCUGCAUCUAUGAUCCUGACUCAAAUACGUCCGGAAUCGUAGAAGACUCUCUACACACCGUGGCUCGCAAAAACCCAGCCACCCGCUUCAUCAAGCUGCAUCACGAAAUCGCCGAGAUGGAGAACAUCGAGGCUCCCGCCCUGCUGGCCUACCGCGGCGGCGACGUCACAGCUACCCUGGUCGAUAUCCCUAGGCAGAUUCCUAGGGGGAGGCCGUGCAGUGCAGAAAGUCUGGAGGAUUUACUCAAAUUACACCGCGUUUUAUAA